GGCCCAGAAGGCUUUGCCUACAGAACCAUAGAAAUCUACCAAGGAACCAACAUGGCAAAACUCUUUAUGAUUGCCAUUUUUAUGGGGAUUCUUGCAGAAGGUGAAGCUCAAAGAAAAUUUAUAACAGCAUUUAUGGACAUGAAACACUGGACCCCAUUAACAAAGCUUGAACUCUAUCUGGUCACUUAUGAUAAGCCAGCCACCGUUGGAGUUACUGUAGCAGAUCCAUUAUUCAAUAAGACUGUAUCCAUUGAAAGGGACAGUUACGCCUUGGUGAAGCUAGACUAUCAGUACAUGAUCUUUGAGACUGAGAAGAAAGCAUCUUCCAAAGCUGUGCUGGUGACAUCCAAUGAAGACAUAUCUGUUUUUGCCUUUUACAUCGAUGGUCAAACCUCUGAUGCCAUGGCUUGUCUCUCACAAGAGGAUCUGGGGAAGGAAUAUUAUAUAUUUACGCCAGGCAAGAGGCAGGGUAACCAGUUUGCUAUUGCCAAUGGUAUAGAAGAAGAUGUGUCAGUGAAUGUCACUGUCUCCGGGGUGAUUGAAUUUAAUGGGAUUCAGUACAAAGAUAAGGACUCCUUCUCCUUCUUCCUAGGGUAUCAGCAGGUUAUUCAGUUCCAAAGUCAAUAUGAUAUAACAGGGACUAAAAUCACAGCCAGUGCCCCCGUGGCUGUUUUCAGUGGCAACAAGUGUUUUGCUGGCAUAGGCGUAGCUUGUGACAUCAUAGUAGACCAGUUGUUUCCAGUGCAGAAUUGGGGAGCACAUUUUGCUGCAUUUCCUUUGUUAACGCACAACCAAGAUUUCAUUGAUAUAAUGGCAGCUAGAGCAAAUACAGUGGUAACUGUUGAUGAUGUCAAUACAACCUCACAAUACAUUCUAAACCAAGGAUCCCACAUGAGGCUCACUUUAGCCAAUGCUGUUCUUGUGGAAUCAAACAAACCUGUUAUGAUGUCAUAUGUCCUCCAAGACAGCAAGCCUGGAUAUGUUGAUCGUUAUGACCCCUUUUUCACUUCCAUUCCAUCAUUGGAACCAACAAGGAAAUACUACAAGUUCAUAACUCAUGGGUCUUACUUUAACUUUCUCCUCGUUGUAUCCAAUGCAUCCUCUGAAUCAGAUUUCUACCUUGAUCACCAGCCUCUCAGUCGGUUUAAUGUGUCCACGACUGAAUUAAACGGAGUUAGCGGCUUUGAAGUCGGCUUGGGUAAAGUGGGUGGACAACAUGAAAUAUACCAUGAAUCCUCUCCUUUCACUAUCUAUGUUUAUGGGAUUGAAGCUUAUCUUUCUUAUGGGUAUCCACUGGGCCAAGGAAGAAUAUUUCCAGACCCACCUUCUCCAAAGGCAACAUCUGAACCUGAAAGUUCACCUUUGCUGCAAUGUUCUUCCAAUGGCGCUGAGUACCACUUGCCCAUGAGGGUGCUGCAAGAGGCUGACUUGUCUGUUAAUGAUAUUCACCUUGAAAACCCUUUGUGUCAGGCAGAGCAGGACGGGAAUUUUGCAAUUAUUAAAGUGCCUUUCAAUGGAUGUGGAACCAGUGUUCUGAAUGAAGAUGGAAAGAUAAUUUAUACGAACACCGUCUAUGGAACUGUACCAAGGACCAGUAUCCAUCGUAUUGAAGAUCCAGUAAGCUGUGAAAUGAAGAGGAAGGAGAACCUAAACCUGAACUUUCAUCCCAAGGUCACCGAUGUGGUUUCCCGAGGCCACUAUAACAUCUCGCUGAAGUUCUACCACAGUGAUUCCUUUACAGACCCCAUUACAGAGUUCCCCUAUGAGAUGAGCCUACCCAGCAACCUGUAUGUGGAGUUUAAAGUGGAAUCUGUUGAUAUGGAGCUCCAGCUGCUGACAGAAGACUGCAAGUGCUCACCGUCCCUAGAUGAUACAGAGAACUCAUACAGUCUCAUUCAGCAAGGCUGUUUCCAGGACUCCACCCUGAAGGAGCACCCGGUGCUGGACCAGAGAGAGCAACGAUUUAGUUUCCACGCCUUCCAAUUCGACAAGUCGGAGGAGGUGUUUGUGGCCUGUAACGUUAUCAUCUGCCAUAACAGCACUUACCCCAACCGCUGCACUCAGGGCUGCGCCAGCCACAGGCACAAAAGGGAUGUUUUUGGUUCUAAAGUGCGAAUGGAAUCAGCGAGGCUUUCCCAGGGUCCUGUUGUUUUCAGACACGGAGGCAACCCUAGCUGGAAUGACUGGACCUUCCUCUCUGCAAUCUUCGUGGCUGCUCUCUGUGUAUUGGGACUGCUGUGUGUGGCAGCCCUGAUCCUACAGAGACACCAUUACCAUAGACAAGGUUAUUCACUGGUACAGAGCGACAGCGACUGACCACAUUAGAGAGAAGCCAAUACGUUCAGCCAGUCCCAGAGAGCAAUGCAGUUAGUGGUGUAUAGCUGCCAGGUUUGUAUUAGAGUAGAACUGUAAUGCAGGAGAAUAUGAAGGAAAGUGUAAAUGAAUGAAUUAAUGUUGGGCUCUUGUAAUGUAAUAUUAAUGUAAAUCUAUGGGAUAAUUGAAAAACAAGGAAUGUUACACUGAA